AGCGCUGGCGACCCCGAGAGGGAGGAAGCAGGCAGACCCCAUCUCAGAGCACCUGCCUGGACACCGUGGGUUUUUGGGGUGGGGGAGCCCCGGCGACUUGGAGCAUGGACCCCGUGGCGGGAACCUUUCUCAGAAUGCUCUUUCUUUUGUCUGCCCAGCCCUGGAGUACAUUAGCAGCAGGAAAUACUUAUAACUGUGAUGCUCCUCUGGCGUCCUCCUUGCCCCGGGCUUCCUUCACCAGUUCCUCGGAGCUGUCUAGUAGCCAUGGCCCUGGCUUUGCAAGUCUUAAUCGCAGGGAUGGAGCUGGUGGCUGGUCGCCUCUUGUGUCAAAUCAAUACCAGUGGCUGCAGAUUGACCUUGGAGAGAGAAUGGAGGUCACAGCCGUGGCCACCCAGGGAGGGUACGGGAGCUCCGACUGGGUGACCAGCUACCUCCUGAUGUUCAGUGACGGCGGGAGGAGCUGGAAGCAGUAUCGCCGAGAGGAGAGCAUCCAGGGUUUUCCAGGAAACACAAAUGCAGACAGCGUGGUACACUAUAGACUCCAGCCGACCUUCCAAGCCAGAUUCCUGCGCUUCCUGCCCUUAACCUGGAAUCCCAAAGGCAGGAUUGGGAUGCGGAUUGAAGUGUACGGAUGUGCCUACAGAUCUGAGAUGGUUCAUUUUGAUGGGAAGAAUUCUUUGCUGUACACAUUUAAUCAUAAAUCCAUAAAUCCAAUCAAAGAAGUUAUUUCUCUGAAAUUUAAAACCAGAGAGAACAAUGGGAUUCUACUCCACAGAGAAGGACCAGAUGACAAACACAUCACCCUGGAGUUAGUUAAAGGAAAACUCAUCGUAUUCCUUAAUUCAGGUCGUGCUAGCUCGCCCUCGCCGGAUGCUCUCAUGCUGGGCAGUUUGCUGGAUGAUGAACACUGGCAUUCUGUUCUCAUCGAGCUCCUCAAUACAGAUGUCAACUUCACUGUGGACACGCACACUCAUCAUUUUCGGGUGAAAGGAGAGUCCAACUAUGUGGAUCUCAAUUAUAAGAUCAGCUUCGGAGGGAUUCCUGGACAUGGAAAAUCAGUGGCAUUCCCACAUAAAAACUUUCAUGGCUGCUUUGAAAAUCUCUAUUAUAAUGGAGUGGAUAUCAUUGAUUUGUCCAAGAAACACAAGCCACAGGUCCUCAUCAUGGGAAACGUGUCCUUCUCCUGCUCACACACACAGACUGUCCCCGUGACUUUUCUGAGCUCCAAGAGUCACUUGGUGCUGCCGGGCGCUUCCGGAGAGGACAAAGUGUCUGUGAUCUUCCAAUUUUGAACAUGGAACAGAGCAGGACUGCUGCUGGCCAGUCAGCUUCAGCAUAGGUCAGGAGCUCUCAUCCUUGUUCUUAGUGAUGGAAAACUCAAGCUGAGUCUCUCCCAGCCGGGACAUCCAGCCAGGGACAUCACAGCAGGUGCUGGAUUAAAUGAUGGGCAGUGGCAUUCUGUGUCCUUAUCUGCAAGAGGGAAUCACCUGAGUGUGAUGGUGGAUGGUGAGGCAGCCUCCAUGGCUCAUUCCUUGCAUGGGCCGAUUGAGUCAGGCGACACCUACUAUUUGGGGGGCUGUCCUGACAACAGCAGCUCUCACCCUGGAUGUGCUGUUUCCGCGGGUGGAUUUCAGGGCUGCCAGAGGCUCAUUUCCAUUGGCGACGAAGCAGUGGAUCCCAUCUCCGUUCAGCAGGGGGCGCUAGGGAGUUUCCGUGACCUCCAGAUAGACACCUGUGGCCUCACAGAUAGGUGUUUGCCCAGCUAUUGUGAACAUGGGGGUGAAUGUUCCCAGUCCUGGAACACCUUCUCCUGCGACUGUGCACACACGGGUUACACGGGCGCAACUUGCCACUCCUCUCUCCACGAGCAGUCGUGCGAAGCCCACUGGCACAGAGGCAACUCUUCAGGGCUCUAUUAUAUCGACUCAGAUGGAAGUGGCCCUCUGGAACCAUCCCUGGUAUAUUGCAACAUGACAGACACUGCGUGGACCUCAGUGCACCAUAACGGCUCCCACUUGGUCAGGGUCAAAAGCUUGAAUGGAGAAAGCCCCCAUCCGGUAUUUUUCAAGUACAUGGCCAGCAUGGACCAGCUCCAGACCAUCAUUGGCUAUGCGGACAACUGCCAACAGGAACUGACUUUCCACUGCAAGAAGUCAAGGCUUUCAACUCCCCAAGAUGGAACCCCAGUGAGCUGGUGGGUUGGAAGAACCAAUGAAACACACACUUACUGGGGAGGUUCUCAGCCUGAUGCUCAAAAAUGUACUUGUGGAUUAGAGGGGGACUGCAUUGAUUCUCAAUAUUACUGCAACUGUGAUGCUGACCGGAAUGAAUGGACCAGCAACACAGUAGUCCUUUCCCAUAAGAAGUACCUGCCGGUUACUCAGGUUGUGAUGAGAGGCAGAGGGCGGCCACAUUCUGAAGCGGCUUAUACACUGGGCCCUCUGCUCUGCUCAGGGGACAAUUCAUUUUGGAAUUCAGCUUCCUUCAAUACUGAGGCUUCAUACCUUCAUUUCCCCACGUUCCGAGGAGAGCUUAGUGCUGACGUGUCUUUCUUUUUUAAGACCACAGCCUCUUCAGGGGUGUUUUUAGAGAACCUGGGAAUCACAGACUUCAUCAGGCUAGAGCUGCGCGCCCCAACAGAAGUAACCUUUUCCUUUGAUGUGGGGAAUGGGCCUUGUGAGGUCACCGUGCAGUCUCCCACUGCCUUUAAUGACAAUCGGUGGCACCACGUGAGGGCAGACCGGAACGUUAAAGAAGCGUCCCUUCAAGUGGGUCAGCACCCUCGCAAGACCCACCCUGCCCCAGCUGACGGGCACACCCGCUUGCAGCUCAACAGCCAGCUUUUCGUGGGUGGAACCGCAAGCCGACAGAGAGGCUUCCUGGGGUGCAUUCGGUCUCUGCGAUUGAACGGGCUGGCCCUGGAUCUGGAAGAAAGAGCCACAAUGACCCCAGGAGUGGAGCCAGGGUGCCCAGGACACUGCAGCACCUACGGCCAUCUGUGUCACAACGGAGGGAGGUGUAAAGAAAAGCGCAGAGGGAUCUCGUGUGACUGCACCUUCUCUGCGUACGACGGGCCGUUCUGCGAGAAGGACAUUUCUGCCUAUUUUGGAGCUGGCUCCUCAGUGAUCUACAACUUUCAAGAACAUUACAAUGACACCUUUAGCAAGAACUCCAGCUCCUUCACGGCUUUAUUUCAUGAGGAUCUGACACUGACAGGAGAAAUGGCCACACUUAGCUUCCGGACCACAGGGACACCCAGCUUACUGCUCUAUGUGAGCUCAUUCUACGAGGAAUACCUUUCAGUCAUCCUUGCCCCAAACGGAAGUUUGCAGAUCAGGUAUAAGCUAGACAGACACCAAGAACCUGAUGUUUUUAAUUUUGGUUUUAAAAACUUGGCUGAUGGGCAGCUUCACCAUGUGAGGAUUAACAGAGAAGCAGCAGUGAUGUUUGUAGAGGUUAACCAGAAUGCACGGAGACAAGUCAGCCUGUCUUCAGGGACAGAAUUCAAUGCUGUCAAGUCCCUUAUGUUGGGGACAAUUUUAGAGCCCCUCGGCGCGGACCCGGACACGCUGCGGGCGGGCGCGCGCGGCUUCACCGGCUGCCUUUCCGCGGUGCGCUUCGGGCCCGCGGUCCCUCUGAAGGCGGCGCUGCGCGCUGGCGGCCGCGCCCAGGUCACCGUCCGCGGACACGUGGCCCCCGCGCCCGGCUGCGCGGAUGGGGCGGGGCCCGGAGCCCCGGCGCGGGAGGCCACCCGCCCUCUCGCCGGCGGUGCAGGCGUGAUAGCGGUUGUGAUGUUCCUUUUGCUCUGCACUACUGCCAUUGCCAUACGCAUUUAUCAACAGAGGUGGCUAUACCAAAAGAAUGAAACAAAUAUUCCCAAAACUGGAGACAAGGCUGAAACUGCUCUGAAAAGUGAGCUCAACAUGCAAUGUACAGUCAGUGAAAGCCAGAAAGAGUAUUUCUUCUGAUCUGCUGUUGUGACUUGCUGAUCACUGUGAUGAUGUGACUUUCUUGCUAAGCCUGGGGCUCCCAGGGCAUGAAACCCACC